AUGGACCUCCUCCAGGACCUCUCCGGGCCUGGAGGCUCUGACUUUUACCCUUUCACUGACACGGGCCUCCUAGAUCUCUCAGACUCUGACGAGAUGACAACCAGCAACAGCAAGCCCGAGGCCAAAAGUGACAAGGACAGACUUGAUGCUGAAGUUCUCAAAAACCUCGAGCUCCACCAGGGAUUCAUGCGUCAAGCCAUCGAUGUUGCCGAAGAAGCACUCCGCGGAGGCGAAACUCCUGUUGCGUGUGUUCUGGUUCAUGAGGGCGAAGUCGUUGCUCGAGGCAUGAAUGACACCAACCGAUCUCUCAACGGCACUCGCCACGCCGAAUUCCUCGCCAUUGCACAAUUUCUCUCCAAGAUGCCAGCCCGAAAACUCAAGGAGACGGAUCUCUACGUGACGGUUGAACCAUGCAUCAUGUGCGCUUCAGCCCUGAGGCAGUACGGCAUUCGCUGUGUCUACUUUGGGUGUGGCAAUGAUCGAUUUGGAGGGAACGGGAGUGUGCUGCCGGUUCAUUCUGAUAAAGGUCUGGAGGAGGGCUAUCCAAGCUAUGGAGGGAUAUUCAGAAAAGAAGCCAUCAUGUUGCUCCGACGAUUCUACAUCCAGGAAAACGAGAACGCGCCGAAUCCCCGCGCCAAAGGCAACCGAGAAUUGAAGCCUGUUGUCUAA